UCCUUUUGUCCCCAGACCCUAUUCCCUGCUUUGCUAGGGAGUAUGAACCAGCUUUGGAAAAAGCGGGCAAUUCAAAGCUCUUUUCUCGAGCCAUUGGAGGUCAUGGGGGGCGCGGGUUUGGCCUUAGGGAGCGAGGCUGCUCUGUAGGAGGAGGGAGGAGGGGGGUCAUAGUUCUCUCCGCGGCUCUCCGGCCUUGACUGGGAAGCUCUGGGUAAUCUGCGGUGGUAAAGCUCGGGAUGUGUGGAUAAGGAUUGUAACAAUCUUGUAGCAGUUCCCUGAACUCAGUUUCCAGCUUCUGCCAUUCCUCUCCUACUUUUGAAUUACUCAAGGUGAUGAGGACAAUUGAUGACAGAAUAGUACAUGAAUUAAACACUACGGUUCCAACAGCUUCCUUUGCAGGGAAAAUUGAUGCCAGCCAAACCUGUAAACAACUUUAUGAGUCUUUGAUGGCAGCUCAUGCCAGUAGAGACAGAGUCAUAAAAAAUUGUAUAGCCCAGACUUCAGCAGUAGUAAAAAACCUCCGAGAAGAGAGAGAAAAGAAUUUGGACGAUUUAACGUUAUUAAAGCAACUUAGAAAAGAGCAGACAAAGUUUGCUAUGAAGAUUAUGGAAUCAGAGAGAGCUCUUGGAGAUGGUACAGCUCUACCUCUUCAUUUUCUAUCUGAGGAAAAAGACUCAGAGAUACUUGAGAUACUAACUGACACCCCCAAAGCCACAAGCUAUUGAAAUGGAUGCAGUCAGAACUGAAUGUUGAAGAAGUGGUAAAUGACAGGAGCUGGAAGGU